CUCUUCUCGGCUGCCCGCCCUUUCUGCUGUCUUUUCGCGCCCCAAACCACAUCCUGGGGGCCGGCCUCCUGCACGGUGGUCGGCGGGGCCGCUGCACCAGGCGCCCGGGCCCGGGAGGCGCCGCGAGAGGCCUUUCUGUCCUGGGCCCUCCCCUCGGCCGCGCUGAUUGGCCGCUCCCGGGCCGCCCCCGGCCCCUGCAGGCAGGGUCUCAGCCUGCGGAAAGUUUUCUGCGCCCGGAGGAAGUUACACUUUCGGAGAUUGUGAGAAAGCAGAUCCCGUGGCUGCUGGGCUCCGAGCGGCCAUGGAGGAGCCCCCUUUGCGAGAGGAGGAGGAGGAGGAGGAGGAGGAGGAGGAGGGGGAAGAAGAGGAGGAGGAGGCAGACGAGGCUGGGCCCGAGGGGGCUUUGGGCAAGAGCCCCUUCCAGCUGACCGCCGAGGACGUGUAUGAUAUCUCGUACGUGAUGGGCCGCGAGCUGAUGGCCCUGGGCAGCGACCCCCGGGUGACACAGCUGCAGUUCAAGAUCGUCCGCGUCCUGGAGAUGCUGGAGACCCUGGUGAUUGAGGGCAACCUGACGGUGGAGGAGUUGCGAAUGGAGAGGGACAGCCUCAAGAAGGAGGUGGAGGGGCUGCGGACCGAGGGCUCGGCGGCCGGCGGGCAGGUACACCCUGGACCAGACAAAAUGGUGGUGGACCUGACAGAUCCCAACCGGCCGCGCUUCACUCUGCAGGAGCUGCGGGAUGUGCUCCAGGAGCGCAACAAACUCAAGUCGCAGCUGCUGCUGGCGCAGGAGGAGCUGCAGUGCUAUAAGAGUGGUCUGAUCCCACCGAGAGAAGCCUCAAGAGGACGAAGAGAAAAAGAUGCCCACGUCGCCAGGCCUGGCACUGCCAGAAGUAACAAGGAGGAGAAGACCAUCAUAAGGAAAUUGUUCUUUUUCCGAUCGGGGAAGUAGACGCAGGUCUAAGGCCACGACUAAGGCAGGAGAUCUCGGACUCAAGAAGGCGACGCGCCCAGACUCCCAAACGCAUCUCUCCAUGCCGCGUGUAUGCACUGUCCUUGCUCAUUCGUUUCUCCCGGAAGCCACCACGGAGGAAGGAGGGAGGCGCUCAGGACCACAGUCUGUGUGGCCGCGGAGCUGACGCCCCAGGAGGCUCAGCCAGGGCAAGGCCGCAGAAGGAAAGCAAAAGGGAAAGAGACCUACUUCCUGCCCCACCUCGGCCUCCCGGGGGGGCCUCCAGCGAGCAGAUGCGCCCUCCCCUUGUCUGGUCCCACAGGUGACCCUGGUCUCCACCGUAGUAGCAGCAAAAAUGCCUGAGCCCACCGGGAGAGGGGAGCAGGGAACGCGGGAGAAAACGGCAUUGACAUUCCAGUGAUGCUUUCAAGGAUAUGAGGCGAAUAUUCGAUUUUGCUUCACGAGACUUUACUUGAUUUUAUGUGAUUUUGUAUCAAAGUAAAAUGACUUGUAUACGUUC